UUCUUAAUAACAUACAAAGUUGCAUCUUUGUAAUUAGUUCAAGAAAGACCCUUUUCUUUGGGUCUAAUACAACAACACUCUGUGCAUCACGAAUAUUGAUUAUUAUUUAUUUUAUUUAUUUGUUGUUUUCUUUCCUUGAAUACUAAUACUAUCUAGUAUUUUUACCUCAUCCUCAGUUUCGAGUCCGAAGCUAAUAAUAGAGAAAUUGAGAAAACCUUUAGAUUAUUAUAUUACAAGCACUACUACAGUUACUGCAGGAAUUGUAAUGAUACAGGAAUUUGAGAAAUACUCUAUUGAAUAGUUGAAUAGUACAAAUUCUACAUGUACACGCAACAAGAAAAAAGAAAUUUUCUAACACUUUGUUUCGAUACUGAUUGGGAAAUUUCGUUGUUGUGUCAGGAGAAGGAUAGCUAUACUGAUUCAGUAUACUCUAAAGAAACCCUUGGUACACUAUUGACGAUCUCACAAAGAUCUGAUUUCUGUGAAUUUCUGUUUACUAAUUUCAUCUUUUACGGAGUCGACCCCCCUUUCACUGUACAAGAAUAUGCGGAGCUUAAGAUGUCUGGAAGCACAGGAGAACCUUCUUUUGCUGAUAUUAUUACCAAUAUUCGAUACUGGGUCAUUCAUAGCAUUACUAUACCUUCCCUAUUCAUUGCGGGUUGGUUAUUCGUCAGCACGGGUUUAGCUUACGAUGUAUUUGGAAGUCCCCGUCCAAACGAGUAUUAUACAGAGAGCCGACAAGGAGUUCCAUUAAUAACAUGCCGCUUUGAUUCUUUGGAACAACUCGAUGAAUUUAGUAGAUCUUUUUGGGAGGCACAAAUGAGUAUAGAUAGAACCUAUCAAAUUUUAACUGUGCGAUGGUUAGCUAUUCACGGACUAGUUGUACCUACCGUUUCUUUUUUGGGGUCAAUAUCAGCAAUGCAGUUCAUCCAACGAUAA